AUGGCCAUAUCACGUUCUAUUGUCCCUACUUCAGCUUCAUCUACGGCCACGAAACCCUUGUCAGUAUCGAUUGAUAUAUCUGAUUCCAAGCUAAAACUUGUGGAGAUGCCACAGCAAAUGCUGCAACAUGUCGAGAAGAUUAACGACUUUGAACACGUGAAAUAUCUUAAGGAGAAUAUGCGAGCCUUUGAGGCAACUGCUAGUAGUUAUCGUCCAAGGUCGUCGCAGCCUCUUCGUCUUCCGACUGACAAGACAACUGCUGCAUCCUCGACUGGUAUCGGAGGCGCUAAUGAAGAGAACAUUCAAGGUCGACUAACAGCAAGAGAGUUGAGAACGUUGUUGCGUCUGUAUUAUGAAAAUCCUGAAAGUUGGACACCCCAAGUAUUGGCAGACAAGUAUGGUCUAGAUGUAUCAAUCAUGUGCAGUAUUCUCAAUAGUGUGGGUCCUCCUAAUGUAAUACCACCUAAAGGAGCGUCGGAAUAUCCAUUUGGUGUAUGGUUUGAUGCUCCAGGAUCAUCAUCACUCACACAUAAAAGAACAAGCCGUAGCAUCAGUCACUAG